AUGAGUUUCAGUACAGAGCACCCAGCCCAGACCCGGGAGCAGCUGGACAUGGCAGCGUAUUGUGAGGGUCUAGGCGCCUGCUCCGGCCCACAGGGCCAGACACGGUCCGUCGCGCACUCACCAGGUUACGUGCGAGGGGACCAGGGCGCUUCGGGCGGAGGCCUGAGCCUGUGGAUGAAGGCUCCCGCGCUCAGCCCUGCGCCCUACGCUUCGGGCCCGGGGACCCCUCCGUCCUAUGCGGCGCCGGGCUAUGGGGCCCCGGGCCAGCUCCUCGGAGCCACGGGUGGGCUGGCGGGCACGGACCUCACGUGGCUGGCCCUCUCCGGCCAGCAGGAGUUGCUGAGGCUGGUGCGACCGCCCUACUCCUACUCCGCGCUCAUAGCCAUGGCCAUCCAGAGCGCGCCCCUGCGAAAGCUGACCCUCAGCCAAAUCUACCAGUACGUAGCCGGCAACUUCCCUUUCUACAAGCGCAGCAAGGCGGGCUGGCAGAACUCCAUUCGCCACAACCUGUCUCUCAACGACUGCUUCAAGAAGGUGCCACGCGAUGAGAGCGACCCAGGUAAAGGCAAUUAUUGGACCUUAGACCCCAACUGCGAGAAGAUGUUUGACAACGGGAACUUUCGAAGGAAGAGGAAACGAAGAGGGGAAGCGAGCACGGCUUUACCUCCAGAAGCCCACAGACCAGGCGGAGCCGAAACUCCGAAGCUGGAGCCCAGGGGCACAGCCUCCGCAGACCUGCAUUGCUCGCCCGAGCCCGGGGCUGCCACCUGCUUCUCCAGCUUUUCCUCGGCCAUGGGGGCCCUGGCCAGCAGCUUUGGCAACUUUUCUGGGAGCUUGACGCGCGACUUUUCUUUUGGGAGGCCAACGACCGUAGGGGCCCGAAGCCCCCAGACCCCCGGCUCUGCGCCCACCUUUACCCCGGGCCAUCAGACUGCGGCCACCAGCUUUCGCGUGAGUCAUUUUGUCUACAGCUUGGAAGGAACCGAAGUUUGA